CAUGGUCAUGGCGCAAUCGGCAUCGCAGUGACUGCGCGGACAGGCUCCGAAGGAGUGCAGCGAAGCAGGAGAGGAAAGCGGUGCCGAAUACCGAGAAACGCUGGGGCAUGACUCUGCUGCGCCCUGUUGCAAGUUCCAGAGAACUUGUGUCUACAUAAACCCUAAACCCUAAUACGUUUACCCUUUGAGAGACCCCGCUGUCCUCGGGUCGUUGCUCAGCAUCCCCUUGUACUCCAACGCAGCAGUGAAUCUAUGAGUUGCUGGAUUGACCCAAGGAGAUGUCGCCUGGUUCCUCGUCACUCUUGCUUCGCUCUCUCUGCCUUCGCACAUUCGUAGAGGCGGCCAGUGAAUCGUCAUAGCAUGCAGCCUUCUUCCCUCUUGUUGGUCUCUGUCAAAGAGACUGUGGUUUGUGCAAGAGCGAUGCACAUUGGGUGAGAAGGAAGUCGAGGAGUGGGUCCUUCGCUUGUUUUUCUCCUGUGUUGAGUCGCCGGUUAGAAAAUUUUCGUUGUGGAGGAAGAGGGGCUGCGUUGAGGUUUCGGGAGAUAUGGCUUCUCAGCUGUCGCGUGCGGUAGCGAGGAAGCUUUUCUCGUUUGGUGCAGGAGGGAGGUUAAGGACAUUGGAGGCUACCUCUAUUAAAACCAAAUAUUGUAGCACGCAAGGUUUUAAUGAUUCUUCUCAAGAUUCCGUGUCAGAGCUGAACACACAAGGCUUAGAGUUAAAUCACAGUUCAUCAGAUACUACUCCUGAAACUUUUUCACCAAUGUCCUCCGUCUCUCCUGGUGGUGGAGAUCAAUGCAAUCAACCAGCAAGUCAACACUAUGACAAUUAUUCAUCUGGCCGCACCUACCAGCCUCGUGGUGUCUACAAGGCCAUACUCUUGGGAGAGGUUGGUCAAGCUCCCAGUCAAAAAGUCCUGAAGAGUGGACGAGCAGUCACCAUUUUCUCUGUAGGUACUGGAGGAAUGCACCUCAAUCGUAGAAUGUUUGAUGGGGAGACUCUUGAAGAGUUUGCAGAGCGGAGCAAUAUGCAGUGGCAUAGAGUGGCUGUUUAUCAGGAACAUAUAGGGCAUCUCAUCCUGCGUUCUAUGAAACAGGGGUCACAGGUGUAUGUGGAAGGCAACAUUGAGACGAGAAUUUACAACGACCCCAAUACGCAGAAAGUGAAGCGUAUUCGAGAGAUUGCAGUACGCCAAAAUGGACGCCUUUUGUUCAUGGAUACAUCAUCAACAGCGGUGGGGCCACAACCUGGAGGAAAUCCUUUGGAGUCACUAGAGCCUAUUACUCGUCAGUCAGGAACACUAGAUCGACCUCAAGAAGCAUAAGUCACUUCGCUCCAAAGCUUAAUUUGGCAUAGUCAUACCAUGUGGUGGGGACACCUCGGGUUUCGCCCUUUAUCAUCUUAUCCAGAUGUGCUUAAGACGACUAUGACGAGAGAUUUCACGAAUGAUGCCUGUCAGUGAUCGUUUUGAUUCCCACUUAAAGGUAUUAUGCAGAGUGGUGGAAAUAGUAGUUUUGUGUGGUUCCUUAUGGUUUUUUAGUCACAGGAAGGUGCGAUGUUCCAUCUAUUAUUCUCUAUACGCUACAUAUGAUCAAGGAUCUUGUUGUUGAUGCUGAGCUUGUAACCUUUUUUUUAACCCGCAAUUUGAUAUAGUUGACUAGGUGUACUUUCAAUCUUAGCAAUCUCCCUAUUCGAUCA